ACGUUCUAAACCUUCGGACCUAAAAAUGUCCAUAAAAUGAAAGGCUAAAUGUGAAAGAUUGUGUUACAGCAAAAUGAAUCCUCUGUCCUGCUGGAUCUUGUGAGACGGCCUUUCCGGAGCCUAGACAUGUUCCGCUGCAGGAGGGUAUUAGGAAUUUCGCUGCGCUGGAUUAAAACCUGUACUAGAAAUUCAGACCCACUGCUGGAGAAGCUGAAGGAUUGCAGGAAUGAAUAUCAACUAUUCCAGCUUGUUGGGCUCAAUAGAUCCGUACUCACUGCCAACCAUGUCAGCUGCGCACUCAACAUGCUCUGGGAAAUUCAGAAAGAAAAUACAAAUGUGUGCCUAAGCCUCGAUGAAGUCAGGAAUCACCCAGAAUUCGUUGCUCUUCACAUCUUAGCAGAAAAUAAAGUCAGCUGUUUAGAUGACCAUGCCUUGGUGAACACUUUGUAUGCUGUGAUAAGGCUUGGAGUGGAGGCCCAUAACUCUCUGAUGCAGCAACUGGUUGUGGAAGGAUGGAAAAGACUAGAAAAACUUGAACUUUCGUUACUGACAAAGUUUACUGCUUCUUUGGCAAGACAAGGUUUGCAUGCUGGCCCACUUUAUGGACAAAUAGCCAGCAUUGUGGACAGGAAUCUGGAUAAUAUGCAAGAUCUAAGAGCCCUCUCCAUUCUGAUGGUCAACUUACAAUCUGUCUGUUCACAAAGCCUACAGCACCGACUGCUCACAAAGGCAGAAUCUUUUUUAGAAGUUGAAGGUUCACUUGAUAUACAUAGCAUGCGAAGGAUUUUGCAGUUUUUAUUUAACACGGGUUCUAGUAAACAUUCACAGUUGGAAAAAUGGACCCAGCGUUCCAUACAGAGAAUAAAAGAAAUGGAUUUGAACAUAUUGUUGAUGUUUGAACGGCACCUGUCUCAUACCUUGGAGUACCCUGAAGUUCAUGUAAUGGUAAAGUCGAGAUUGAUUGAGUUGUUGGAGUCGUGUAACAAUACCAGAGAUUUCACCACAAUAUUUCACAUGCUGCUUCCCAUGGUUUCACAAGACAUGAGAGACAGACUUGAAAACAAUCUUUUGGCUUUGGCAGAUGAAAUACAUUACAUAAAAUUGGGGAACAUUCUGAAAAGCAUGGCGGUGGCUAAUUGCAGAAAUUCUGUCCUGAUUCAUAACGAGCUAAAGAAAUCUUCUAACCCAGGAUAUAUAGCUUUGAUGACCCACACCCUCUCCUUGAGCAUGAACAAUGUGGAUGCAGACAUCAUAUCUAAGCUGGAUGCUAUUGUUCCGCAGUGUAAUCUGAAACAGAUAAAUCAGAUUACUGCUAGCGUCAUAAAAUGGCUCUGGAAAAACCCAGAAAAAAGUAAUUAUAGAAAGUUGUACCAAAAACUGAACAAACAUACACUGGAAAGAAUCGGGAAUACGGAGAAUUUUGAUGUUCUCUCAGAGGAGAUCAUGCACUUAAUGAAGGGACACUGGUUUCAGAUUGUCUAUGCAGAAGCCAUCUUGGACACCUAUCAGCGUUUUCCACACCAAAUUACUCAUAGGAAUGCUGAAUCGUUGUCUACAGUGAUGAAAUACAGCUUCAUCAGGUGUACUCCAGUCCUGGACAAAAUUGCAGCAGUGAGCAUAGAAAAUAUUGAAGAGUUUUCUCCUUCUGUGCUGUACAACAUUGUAAGAGCUUUCAGCUUUUUGAAUUAUGAGCCUCCCAAUGGAGAAGAGUUCUAUGCUGCGUGCAUACAGCAUUGUCGAGCUAAUCUCGAUUCAAUCAAGCCUCGCCUCUUGUUAAUGUUGGCUUUUGCAUUUGCUUUAGCAGAGCACUUUCCGAAAGACUUGAUAAAAGCUAUAUUCAACGCUGACUUCCUAAGAAGACUGGAUUUAGUGCUCGAUUUCUGUGAUUCUAAAAAACAAACAAAGAUUCGGAACUGCCUGAUGGAACUAAAUAGAGCUGUGUGUCUUGAGUGCCCAGAAUAUGAGAUUCCCUGGUUCCACGAGCAGUAUUGUCAAGAUCUGAGGAAGACCGAAAAGGACGAUGAAAAUAUAACAGAUUACCAGAUUCAGUAUCUGUUGGGAGCGGCCCUUGGAGGAAUACAUUAUACAAGAAUGUCUGUUGUUACACCAUACUAUUAUUCCAUAGACUUUGAAUGUAUACUGGACAAGAACAAAAACCCAGUUUCGUACAUGGACCCGAACCUGCUUUCCACUGACGUUUCCAAUAUGCAGUCAGGGAGUAAGAUGAAGAUAGCUAUAUCUCUGCCAUCAGGAUUUCAAAGAGUUGCUGUGGAUUUUCUUCAAUCAGCAAACUUUUGCCGAAACUCAACUCAUAUUAACAGUGUGACUGCUAUGAAAAAGAGACAUCUAGAAAUCCUCGGAUAUUCUGUAAUUCAGAUUCCUAAUUAUGAAUGGAACUCAAUGGAACUAGGAACACAGGAGGCCUGGAUAGAUUACCUCAAGAGAAAGAUAUUUUCUGAAGAAAUUUGA